UGUUGUGUCAUAGAUAAUCAUGUUGUUUUUUACUACAUUUUGACAUAACCUAAAUAUGUUUGUAAUAUAAAUAUACAGUAAUCAAAUUUGAUAUUUGCAACAAAGAAGUGUAAGUAACAUGAAAAUAAAAUCGUUUAACUACUGGCUACAAAGAAAGUGCACGAUACAGCAUUCGUUAAAGAAACGUUGUGAAAUCCCUGUGAAAACCAGGACCUUAGAUGUGACCACCGUAUAUACAGAACUAUUGCUAAUCUGAAAGUUAUAAGUGAGAUUAGUUAAAAGUGGAGCAGCCAGUCCAGCGUGACCUGGGAGAGGCCUGUGUCCAGCAGUGGGCUGCGAUAGGCUGCCUAUAUUGAUUACAAAUACCGAAUUCGCAAUUUCAGUCGGAUAAGAUGCGAGACAAUUCUCCAGGGGUCAGUGUAGCGUGAUAACCCUUACGACGACACUCGGACCUCCGACGCACAGACGCAAGCAAGAACUUCGCCCUUCUGCGACGCGUCUCUUAUAGUCUAUAAAGGCACCCGACGCACACAAAAGAAACAGUACGUCUUCGAUCUCCGUCGAUGAUGUCAAUUUAGACAUUCAGAACAACAGCGCGAGAAUAUCAUACGUACCGAUUACUUGCGAUGACAAGAAUAAUAUUAAUUAAGUGUCGAUUAUAAACAUUGCUUAAAAAUCCCUCCGUUUGGGGCCGCGCAUGCGUGCAGUCGACGUUGUGAUUGGCCGUGUACAGUAACGUUCGCAAAGAAAGCAAAACAUGAGUGGAACGGACAGCUCUAGUGCCAGUCGAACUGCGUGCAACAGUAAAGGCAGCAUGAUUGUUGUUUCGAACCGGCUGCCUUUUAUAUUGAAGAGAAAUGAGAAAACCGGCGAUUUGGAGAGGAAGGCCAGUGCCGGUGGUUUAGUAACAGCUGUAGCGCCAGUGGUGAUCCGUGGCGCCGGCAUCUGGGUGGGAUGGCCCGGUAUCCAUCUGGAGGACCCCAAUGAGAAGAUCCCGGAGUCAGACCCCAAGGACAAGACCCCUACAGCCGGACUGCUCUCGGAGAAGAUAGUACCAAUCCACGCAGAACCAAAGCUCUUCGACAGCUACUACAAUGGAUGCUGCAACGGUACCUUCUGGCCACUCUUCCACUCAAUGCCAGACCGAGCUACGUUCAUCGCUGAUCACUGGAAGGCGUACAUCAAGAUUAACGAGGAAUUCGCCGAGAAAACAGUGAGGGCUCUACAUCUCCUGAAACAACAAAAGGGAAAGAAUGGAAGCUCCCCACCCAUUGUAUGGGUCCAUGAUUAUCAUCUUAUGUUAGCUGCUAACUGGAUUAGACAGCGUGUUGAAGAAGAUGACAUAAAAUGUAAGCUAGCGUUCUUCCUGCACAUUCCGUUCCCGCCAUGGGAUAUAUUCAGAUUGUUCCCCUGGUCAGACGAGUUGUUGCAGGGUAUUCUUGGUUGUGACAUGGUUGGAUUCCACAUAACGGACUAUUGCCUGAACUUCAUAGAUUGUUGCCAAAGAAACUUGGGUUGUCGAGUGGACAGAAAGAAUCUUCUCGUUGAGUUGGGAGGACGCACCAUCUGUGUGCGACCGCUGCCUAUUGGAGUCCCCUUCGACAGAUUCGUGCAGCUGGCACAAAACGCGAAACCAGUGCUCUCUACAAGCCAGCAAAUAAUAUUAGGAGUUGAUAGACUGGAUUAUACCAAAGGAUUAGUGCAUAGACUAAAAGCUUUCGAGAGGCUACUGGAGAAGUACCCGGAACACAUAGAGAAGGUGGUGUUACUGCAGAUCUCAGUGCCGUCGCGGACGGAUGUCAAGGAGUAUCAAGACUUGAAGGAGGAGAUGGAUCAGCUUGUGGGAAGGAUCAAUGGAAGAUUCACUACACCCAACUGGUCACCAAUUAGGUACAUCUACGGAUGCGUUGGUCAAGAUGAGCUAGCAGCGUUCUACCGCGACGCAGCCGUCGCUCUGGUCACACCUCUGCGAGACGGCAUGAACCUGGUCGCUAAGGAGUUCGUAGCUUGUCAAAUCAACAAAACUCCAGGGGUUCUCAUAGUGUCACCCUUUGCUGGUGCUGGAGAAAUGAUGCACGAGGCUCUCAUCUGCAAUCCUUACGAACUGGACGAUGCUGCUGAAGUUAUUCACAGGGCUUUGAUAAUGCCGGAGGACGAGCGUAUAGUGCGUAUGAACCACUUGAGACGACGUGAGCAGCUGAAUGAUGUUGACAGCUGGAUGAAGGCAUUCUUGAAAGCGAUGGACUCUUUAGAGGAAGAGGCCGAUGAUAUCGGAGCUACGUCCAUGCAGCCCGUCACCAUUGAUGACUUCGAUGAAUAUCUUUCGAAGUACAUCGGCUACACCCAGAAGUUGGCCCUACUCCUGGACUACGACGGGACCCUGGCCCCCAUCGCUCCUCACCCCGACCUCGCCACGCUGCCGCUGGAGACCAAGCACACGCUGCAGAGGCUCUCCAACAUGUCCGAUGUUUAUAUUGCUAUCAUCUCCGGCAGAAAUGUCAACAAUGUUAAGAAUAUGGUGGGAAUCGAAGGCAUCACGUACGCCGGUAACCACGGUCUGGAGAUCCUGCACCCUGAUGGCAGCAAGUUCGUUCACCCCAUGCCCAUGGAACUGCAGGAUAAGGUCGUCGACUUGCUGAAGGCACUACAGGAACAGGUGUGCAAAGACGGCGCGUGGGUAGAGAAUAAGGGCGCCCUGCUGACGUUCCACUACCGCGAGACGCCGGUGGCCAAGCGCGCGGCGCUGGCGGAGCAGGCGCGCAAGCUCAUCACGGCGGCCGGCUUCACGCCCGCGCCCGCGCACUGCGCGCUCGAGGCCCGCCCGCCCGUGCAGUGGGACAAGGGUCGUGCAUCCAUUUACAUCCUGAGGACUGCUUUUGGCUUGGACUGGAGUGAAAGGAUUAGGAUUAUCUACGCGGGUGACGACGUUACUGAUGAAGACGCUAUGCUGGCACUGAAAGGUAUGGCAGCAACAUUCCGCAUCGCGUCGUCCCACAUCACGAAGACGUCCGCGGAGCGUCGCCUGUCGUCCACGGACUCGGUGCUGGCGAUGCUGAAGUGGGUGGAGCGUCACUUCUCGCGGCGCAAGCCCCGCGCCAACUCGCUGACGUACAAGUCGGCCCGCAAGGCGCGCGACACCAUCCAGAUGCACAUGUCGUACCAGCUGCCGCCGCGCACGUCGCCGCGCCACACGCCGCCGCGCACUCCCGACAAGCUCUCCAGCGGCUCCGACUCCAGCUAAACUCAUUCCUGCCACUUCUUUCACUCCAUCCUGUUAUAUGAACCAUUGGAUUCUAUGCUACUAUCGUAUUCUAUGACUAUGAUUUGACCAGUCAUAAGCGCUGAUGCAGCACUAUGGUGAUUGGUCGAUUUUGAGAUGAGAUUCUAAGGCAACAUAGUUCAAUGGUUCCUAUCUGAUAUUUUAAUGUGCUAAAGCAAGCUGAGGCUUUUAUUCUAUUUAUCAUUUCCACUUUUGUAGUAAGUUAGGGUUCUUAAAAUUUGUUCUAUAGGACCUACUUGCCCUAUCUAUAUUUAAAUUUAUGGUUCUUAUUCAUAUUUAUGUGAGACAUGAGAUAUGAAUCUCACUUUUCAACUUAUAAACAUCCAUCUAGUAAGUAGCCAGUAUUUAAAACUAAUCGUUCCUGAUGCUUUAAAAACGUAGAAAUUAAAUUCGCUUCAUGUUUCUAAAGCAGUGUCUACCAAAUUUCUUCAUUCAGGUAAAUAUACAGAUCUAAAUAUAGUGAAAUUGACUGAAUAGUAUUUAUAAAUUAUUUGUCUAAAUUAUAUUUUCCAAAGACCUGUCAUUACAUGAAACUGUCGUAGUGCGAGGGCUCCACAUAUACUGGGCACCCUUUCAUAACUAAUUACUUUACGCCUCGUGUAGAUAUUCGUCGUGCAGCGCAACAUUGCAUGUCAUGUAGUGGUUACAACUUAUUUAUGUGAUAGAUUAGUGAUAAUUCGCUUGUAAGGUAAAAUAUUUAAACGUAAAUUAUAACGAGAUUUGUGCACAACUCUAUGGUCGCACCUUUGUAGUGAUCGUUUUGCAUGUGUAAAACUUUUGACUAUGUAAUAGUGGGACAAAACAUCUUCUUGUGAAUGUCAUAUUCCGUAAUAACGCAUAUCUGUGGAGAUCAGUGUACCUUUCUACGCCUUUUAUUUCCUUGACUAUAUUAUAAUCUAUGUUAAAUGUCAUGUGAACUCACUAAAUAUACCGACUUUAUAAUCAGUGCUAAUAUUGUAAAUAAUGUGAUCUUUACAUAAUAAUUGAUAAAAAUAUUGUACUAGUCUAGAAGUGUAGUAGAAUCAACAUGUACUGAAACGUCUCGAAUUUCUAUAACCCGUGUAUUUUUAUAUACAUAUUGAUGUUUUUUAAGAAUUCCAAUAAAACUUACAUGAGACGGAAAA